AUGCAGAUUAAGUUUGAAAUCAAAGAUCUGCAGGUGUUGCAGAGCUUUAUCCGCCAGCUCAGAGCUAUUCAAAUGGCUGUUUCUGGACCAAAUGGGUUGGCUUUACAGUGUAUGGAUGAUUCCAAGCCUUGUAUUAAUGAAGGAAGGUGCAUUCCGUAUCAGAAUGGUACAGGAUAUUGCAAGUGUCGAGAAGGCUUUCUUGGAGACUACUGUCAGUACAGAAACCCCUGUGAAAACAAUACUUGUAAGAAUGGGGGAACUUGUGAAACUACAUCCCUGAUAGGAAAGGCUACUUGCAAAUGUGCUCCAGGGUUCACAGGAGAGGAUUGUCGAUACUCUGAAUCACACAUCUGCUUUGUGUCCCAGCCCUGCCUGCAUGGAGGAACUUGCCACCCCCACAACCAGGAAACGUAUGAGUGCGUCUGUCCUCCAGGUUACACAGGGAAGGACUGCCAGUGGAUUGAUGCCUGUACGUCUCAGCCUUGUGCCAAUGGAAGUACAUGUACUGUAUCUGGAAAUAAGUUCUCCUGCAUCUGUCCAUCUGGCUACACUGGCCAGAAGUGUGAGAUAGAUGUAAACGAAUGUGCCACCUUAGCCCUUUGUCAACAUGGUGGGACCUGUGUCAAUUUGCCCGGUUCGUACCGAUGCCAGUGCAAGCCAGGCUUUACAGGGCAUCGCUGUGAGAGCACAUACGUGCCUUGUUCACCUUCGCCUUGUAUGAAUGGAGGGACUUGCCAUCAAACCAAUGACUUUACCUUUGAGUGCAACUGUCUGCCAGGUUUUGAGGGAAGCAUCUGUGAACGGAACGUCGAUGACUGCCCCAACCAUAAUUGUCAAAAUGGAGGUAUAUGUGUGGAUGGUGUGAACACGUACAAUUGCCGCUGCCCACCACAGUGGACAGGCCAGUUUUGCACUGAAGAUGUUGAUGAGUGUCAGCUCCAGCCCAAUGCUUGUCAGAACGGAGGUACCUGCACCAACCACAACGGAGGGUAUGCCUGUGUCUGUGUCAAUGGCUGGAGUGGGGACGACUGCAGUAAGAACAUUGAUGAUUGUUUCACUGCCUCCUGUGCUAAUGGAUCUACUUGCAUUGAUCGAGUGGCUUCUUUUUCGUGCAUCUGUCCAGAAGGAAAGGCAGGUCUUCUGUGCCACUUGGAUGAUGCGUGUGUUAGCAAUCCGUGUCAGAAGGGUGCUCUGUGUGAUACUAAUCCUGUGAACGGUCAUUAUAUCUGUACUUGCCCUCAAGGCCAUAAGGGAGCAGACUGCACUGAGGACGUGGACGAAUGCGCAAUGGCGAACAGCAAUCCUUGUGAACAUGCUGGGAAAUGUGUAAACACGGAAGGCUCUUUCCACUGUGAAUGUUUGAAGGGUUAUACAGGACCUCGGUGUGAAAUGGACAUCAACGAAUGCCACUCUAAUCCGUGUCAGAACGAUGCCACCUGUCUGGAUAAAAUCGGAGGAUUCACGUGUCUCUGUAUGCCAGGAUUUAAAGGUAUUCAUUGUGAAGAAGAUAUUGAUGAGUGUCUAAGUAAUCCCUGUGUGAACAAUGGAGAGUGUCUCGACAAAGUCAACCGCUUCCUCUGUGUCUGUCCUCCUGGGUUCAGUGGUGCUGUGUGUCAGAUUGAUAUAGAUGACUGCUCCAGCACGCCAUGUCUCAAUGGAGCCAAAUGUAUUGACCAUCCCAAUGGCUACGAGUGCCAGUGCGCCACAGGUUUUACUGGCCUUUUGUGUGAGGAGAAUAUCAACAACUGUGAUCCUGAUCCUUGCCACCAUGGCGAAUGUCAAGAUGGAAUUGAUUCGUACACGUGUAUAUGCAAUCCUGGCUACAUGGGUGCCAUAUGCAGUGAGCAGAUAGAUGAAUGCCACAGCAAUCCCUGCCUCCAUCAAGGACGCUGCAUUGAUUUGGUGAAUGGCUACCAAUGCAACUGUUUGCUGGGCACUUCAGGAGUGAACUGUGAAAAUAACUUUGAUGACUGUGCAAGUAACCCCUGCAUUCACGGGGACUGUAUUGAUGGCAUUAAUCGCUACAACUGUGCUUGCAAACCUGGAUUUACAGGCCCACGAUGUAAUGUGGAUAUUGAUGAAUGCACAUCCAACCCCUGUCGUAAUGGUGGAACAUGUAUAAAUGAGAUCAAUGGCUUUCGGUGUGUGUGUCCUGAAGGUUAUCAUCAUCCUCACUGUCAGUCGCAGGCAGAUGGCUGUCUUAGUAAUCCCUGUGUACAUGGCAACUGCACACAUGUUAUUAGUGGGUACAAAUGUAUCUGUGACCCAGGCUGGACAGGAGAUUACUGUGCAACAGAAGGGAAUGAAUGUAAAUCAAACCCCUGCCAGAAUGGAGGAACUUGUGAGGAUCUGUUGAAUGGAUAUAGAUGCACCUGUAGGAAAGGAUUCAAAGGUGUGAACUGCCAGGUAGUGGUGGCUCCUUGUUCCCCCGAUCCAUGUGAGAACUCAGGAAUUUGCCAAGAAUCUCCUGACUCUGAAGGCUAUACCUGCCUCUGUGCCCCUGGCUGGGAAGGGGAGAGAUGUACAGUGGACAUUGAUGAGUGUCUCUCAAAGCCCUGCAAAAAUCAUGCUCUGUGCCAUAAUAUUCAAGGCAGCUACCUGUGUGAAUGUCGUCCAGGUUUCACUGGAGGAGACUGUGACAGUGACAUUGACGACUGCCUUUCGAAUCCCUGCCAAAAUGGAGCUUCAUGUGUGGAUGGGAUAAACUCUUUCUCGUGCAUCUGCCUACCCGGAUUUCAUGGAGAUAAAUGUCAAACAGAUACCAACGAAUGUCUGAGUGAACCGUGCAGGAAUGGAGGCACGUGCACCCACUAUGUCAACAGCUACACGUGCAAGUGUCCGCCUGGGUUUGAGGGAACCAACUGUGAGAACAACAUCGAUGAAUGCACUGAGAGUUCCUGUUUCAACGGCGGUACCUGUGUGGAUGGGAUCAAUUCCUUUACUUGCCAGUGUCCUGUGGGGUUUACAGGAUCCUUCUGCCUCAUGGAAAUCAAUGAGUGUGAUUCACAUCCUUGCUUGAACAAAGGCUCUUGUGUGGACAGCCUAGGGACAUACCGUUGUAUAUGUCCUCUGGGUUACACUGGGAAGAACUGUCAGACGCUUAUGGAUCUGUGCAGCAAGUCUCCCUGUAAGAAUAAAGGCACAUGUGACCAGAUUGCAGCCCAGACUCGAUGCCUCUGUCCAUCCGGCUGGACUGGUGCUUACUGUGACGUGCCCAAUGUCUCCUGCCAGGUGGCAGCUUCACAAAGGGGAGUCGCGGUAGACCAGUUGUGUCAACACUCUGGCCAUUGCCUCAAUGUUGGAAACACACACCGGUGUCAGUGCCGGGUGGGUUACACCGGCAGUUACUGUGAGGAGCAGCUGGAUGAAUGUGACUCCAGCCCAUGUCAGAAUGGGGCUACCUGCCGGGAUCACCUGGCUGGUUACCAGUGUGAGUGUGUGCCUGGAUACCAGGGUGUCAACUGUGAAUAUGAAGUGGACGAGUGCCAGUUUCAGCCCUGCCAGAAUGGAGGAACGUGUAUAGACCUCGUCAAUCAUUUCAAGUGCUCCUGUCCACCAGGAACUCGGGGCCGCUUCUGUGAGGAGAACGUCGAUGACUGUAUUUCAGAUUCGGGAGCACCCCGUUGCUUUAAUGGAGGACAGUGCAUUGACCAGAUCGGGGGCUAUAGCUGCGUUUGUCUCCCAGGCUAUGCAGGCGAGCGAUGCGAGGGGGAUAUCAACGAAUGUCUCUCUAACCCUUGUAGCCCUCGUGGCAGUCUGGACUGUGUUCAGCUGAUAAAUGAUUACACGUGCGUCUGUCGUAGUGCUUUCACUGGUCGUCACUGUGAGAGUGUAAUAGAUGUGUGUCCCCGGAGGCCUUGUCAGAACGGAGGUACCUGUGCUGUUGCCAGCAAUAUGCCGGAUGGGUUCAUCUGCCAGUGUCCUCCGGGUUAUUCUGGGUCAAAAUGUGAGUUCAGCAGCCACAGUACUUGUGGGCAAGUGAAAUGCAAAAAGGGGGAGCAGUGCAUCCAGACAUCGUCUGGUCCAAACAGCGGUUGUACCAGUGCCCCCUGCCAGAAUGGUGGCAGCUGCCACCCUCGUUCUCAGCCUCCUUACUAUUACUGUCAGUGCCCUGAUCACGCCCAAGGCAGCCAAUGUGAACAGCUCAUACAUCCCAGCCAAGAGCCUCUAGGAUGUUUGGAUUCCCAGUGCGCGGAAAAGGCGAAGGAUGGCUAUUGCGAUGAAGACUGUAACACUCAUGCCUGCCAGUGGGACGGGGGUGACUGUUCCUUGACAAUGGAAGAUCCUUGGGCCAACUGCUCCUCUUCGCUGCGCUGCUGGAUGCUUUUCAAUGGACAGUGUGACGACUUCUGCAACACACCCGAGUGCCUGUUUGACAACUUUGAAUGUCAGCAAAAUAGCAAGACAUGCAAGUAUGACAAGUAUUGUGCGGAUCACUAUGCAGAUGGACGCUGUGACCAGGGCUGUAACAGUGAGGAGUGUGGCUGGGAUGGCCUGGACUGUGCUGGCGACAAAGCUGAGAAGCUAGCAGAAGGGACCCUAAUCAUUGUGGUCUUGAUGCCCCCUGACGAGCUGCUGGGUGAUGUCCGCAGCUUCUUGCGCACUUUGGGAACUCUCCUCCACACCAACCUAAGAAUCAAACUGGACUCCCAGGGAAACCCCAUGGUCUUCCCGUACUAUGGGGAGAAAUCGGCAGCGCGGAGUCGGCGGUCCCUCGUGAUCAUUCGCAAGCAUAGAGAACUGGAGCAAGAGGUCAUUGGCACCAGGGUGUUCCUGGAGAUUGACAACCGUCAGUGCGCGGAGGAUUCAGAGCAGUGCUUUCAGAACACAGAAGCUGCUGCAGCUCUCUUAGCUGCUCAGGCCAUCAAGGGCAUGUUGCCCUAUCCCUUUGUGUCUGUCCAAAGUGAACCCUUGUUACCACCGAAGACCCAGUUGCUUUACCUACUUGCUGUGGCAGCUUUGAUCAUCCUCUUAAUCCUUCUUUUGGGCGUGAUGAUGGCAAAGCGUAAACGCAAGCAUGGUUCACUGUGGCUCCCAGAGGGCUUUAUUCUGCGCAGAGAUCCUAGUAAUCAUAAGCGUAGAGAGCCAGUUGGGGAAGAUGCAGUCGGACUCAAAAAUCUGUCAGUGCAGGUACCAGAAGGUAACCUGGCAGAUUCUGGACCAACUGAACACUGGGCAGGUGAUGGUGGACCUCAGCCAAAGAGAGCAAAGGCUGAGGAUCAGGCCUUGCUCCCGGAAGGCGAUGAGCAAGUAGAUCAGCGCCAGUGGACACAGCAGCACUUGGAGGCAGCAGACAUCUGUGGGAGCACAUCACUAGCCCUUACACCACCUCAAGCAGAUCAAGAAGUGGACGUUCUGGAUGUCAAUGUCAGAGGGCCAGAUGGAUGUACCCCGCUUAUGUUGGCAUCUCUGCGUGUGGGCAGCUCUGAUAUUAGCGAAGAUGAUGAGGAUGCAGAAGAUUCCUCGGCAAAUAUAAUAACAGAUCUGAUCUACCAAGGUGCCAACCUACAAGCCCAAACAGACCGUACUGGGGAGAUGGCACUGCACUUAGCAGCCCGUUACUCAAGAGCAGAUGCUGCAAAACGUUUGCUGGAUGCUGGUGCAGAUGCUAAUGCACGGGACAACAUGGGACGGACUCCCCUGCAUGCAGCUGUAGCUGCUGAUGCGCAGGGUGUCUUCCAGAUCUUGAUCCGUAACAGAGUGACAGACUUGGAUGCCCGGAUGAAUGAUGGAACAACCCCGUUAAUUCUGGCUGCGCGGUUGGCUGUGGAAGGAAUGGUGGCUGAGCUAAUUAAUUGCCAGGCAGAUGUGAAUGCAGUGGAUGACCAUGGUAAAUCUGCUCUUCACUGGGCUGCUGCUGUCAACAAUGUGGAAGCAACACUGGUGCUGCUGAAGAACGGAGCCAACAGAGACAUGCAGGAUAACAAGGAGGAGACACCACUCUUCCUUGCUGCUCGGGAAGGCAGUUUCGAAGCAGCAAAGAUCUUGCUGGACCAUUUUGCCAAUCGAGACAUCACAGACCACAUGGAUCGUCUGCCCCGGGAUGUGGCCCAGGACCGGAUGCACCAUGACAUAGUGCAGCUUCUAAAUGAGUACAAUGUAGCGCACAGCCCUGCUGGGCACCCAGGUGCCAUGCUGAACUCUGCUCUCUCCCCAGUCAUUUGUGGCCCAAACAGAUCCUUCCUCAAUCUGAAGCACGCUUCAUUAAGCAAGAAGUCACGAAAACCGAAUGCUAAAGGCAUCAUGCCCACGAACCUCACCAAAGAUGCGAAGAGGAGAAGGAAGAAGUCCCUCAGUGAGAGCAAAGGGCAGUUUUCAGAGAGCUCAGUGACCCUGUCGCCAGUCGAUUCCCUAGAAUCGCCCCAUGCUUUUGUAUCUGAACCAACAUCCUCUCCUGUGAUGCCGUCACCGGGGGUGCUACACUCGUCCCCCAGCUCACUGCUGACUGCCCCUUCGGUGCAGGCCGCGCACGCGAUGUCCUUCUCUAACCUCCAUGAGAUGCAGCCGUUAGGACGUGGAUCUGGCACCGUGCUCCCGUCUGUCAGCCAGCUGCUUUCGCAGCACAGAACCACCCCUCCAAACAGCGGGCUCAGCAGGCUCCGGCCAGCCACUGUUUCCACCGAGUGGAUGAAUCGUAUGGAAAUGAACGAAUCCCAGUACAACGAGAUGUUUGGCAUGGUGCCCCAGGUGAUGCAUUCACACCCCGGUGUUUCUCAGCAGAGCGGCUUGGUUCAAGCGGAUGCAAAGCACAUGGGAGUGUCCAGGGAGUCUCUGCCCCCUAUCAUGACUUUCCAGCUGGUUCCCAAGGGUGGCAUAAACCAGCAAGCGCUGCCACAGCAGGCCCAGCCAAACUGUGCUCAGAACAUGGCUGGUCCUCUUAGCUCCAUGUACCAGAUCCCAGAUUUAGCUCAGCUGCCCAGUGCCUCAUUCUCCAUGGCUGCCAUCCCUCAGCAGGAUGGGCAGGUGGCUCAGACAAUCCUCCCAGCCUACCACCAGUUCCAGAGCUCAAUGGGAAAGUACCCCACGCCUCCGUCACAGCACAGCUGCUACUCCUCGGCCACAGAACGGACUCCUAGCCACAACCGGCACUUACAAGGGGAGCACCCAUACCUGACUCCAUCACCUGAAUCUCCAGACCAGUGGUCAAGCUCUUCCCCACACUCUGCCUCCGACUGGUCUGAUGUGGCAACCAGUCCCAGUAACAACCAGCGCGGGCCUGCAGCCGCUCACAUGUCCGAGCAGCAGCGGAACAACAUGCAGGUGUAUGCCUGAAAACUGGCCAAGGUGAAGCCUAUAAAGCGGACUCCAGAACUGAUGAAGGUCUUCCAGAUGGAAAUGAAGAACCAUUUUCAUAUCCAAGAGUCUUAAUGAGCCCAGGCUGAUUUUCGCUGGAGGGACUGUGGUUGCCAUAGGCUUUUAUACUUUCCUAAACAGAGAACUGUAGAAGCUGGUGAUGGAGAAGACCAGUUGGGUCACUUCUAACCAAGUCCCUCGCACCUAGGGUGCGAUUGCUGCCUCCACUGGAUUCUCCAGUCUGCUUUUAAGUAUGUUCCACCGUCUUCUUUGAGGAGACAGCUCUUCAGCUUAAUGCAUCUCACGGUCGUUUCUCCAGAAAUUUAGCCAAAACCAGCUUUGUAUGUUUGUUACUUACCUAACCUCUCUCUGAAGCACCUUCUACUAGUUCUCCUUGAGCUCAAGUUGCCUUGUCUUGACUCAGCUCAGAGCUGCACCCACAUUCCUAGACCCCUCUUUCCCAGCUCUUCUCUUGCUCAGCAAGCAAGCCAGACUUCCUGAAACACCUGCAGGUCAAGUGACUGGAGCUGUCACCUUCUGUCAUGCAGCCUCAGCCUUUCCUCUUCAAGAGCCUUUUUCUUUUACAUACCCACUAAUAUCCCUGACCACGCUAACUGCCCAUACCUCAAGUAUCCUGAGAUUAUGUAUAUCCAUACAGUCUUCUCUUGCCUCUGUUUUCUUUUCUCCCCCCUCCCCCCCCCCCCAAAAAAAAAAAAAAUACUGGUCUGAGUUGGUCUUCCCCCUGCAGUGGCCUGCAGGCGCAUCUCUCCUGUCUUUGUCUUCCAUGAGACAUACCUGACUGUUUUGACACACUACUCUUCCUGUGCCCCAGUAAUGCCAGGUGUGCCUAUGACAGCCUUCGCCUGCUCCUACAUUGGAAGAGAUGCCCUGGAAGUAAAACGGGACUGUUGUUGGGAAGCUUUUGGGAUCAGAAUGAGUGUUUCAAAACCUAGUGAAAUAAAUUCCUAGCAUCAUCGCACAGAACUGCCCUCUCCUCCGAGAGUUGCUGUGUGUCUUACCUUACAGGUAUCAUAUGCUGCCUCUAUGGUAUUAUCCAAAAGCGCUAAGGAUGUUGUUACGUGUUUGCAGUGUGUGUCGUUCUGUGUCAUGAAACCUGCAGUCUCGUGAAAGGGUGACGAGCCCCUUGAAAGUGGCUGUUUCACUCCAGUCCUGGGACAGCGCUGCCUUGUCCACCCCUUCCAAAAGGGAAGCUGCAGCACUGACUCCUGAAAGGCUUCAGGCAGUGGCAGCACAUCUGAAACCAGGAGCUGGGUUAAGUUGCAGACCAAACAAUUCAGAAACCGUUAUCUAAAGCAGCUUGGUUAACAGGUUUGGGGCUGUGCUCUGCUCUCGGCCUAUAUCGAGACUUCCCGACGGUGGUGCCGUUCCUUACACGUGCUGUGGGACAGUGGUGGCAUUGAUGCUGCAGCUCCCUUGAUGUUUUUGGAGCUACGGAAACCAGCUGUUGCUGACAUUCGGUGGAAUGCCAUUGCUUCUCCUUUGUCUGCAUCUCUGUGUUGCAAGAGUAACGCUUCCCUGAAGGGCUCUGGACAAGUCAAACGUAGAAGUGUACGUUUCUAGGGAUGGUUUACUUCUACCUCCUUGGGGGAACCCUGCAAACAAGCUUUCCAAAGAGAUCUGAGAGCUGUCAGCUGUUGCCAAAAGACAGAGGAGGCUGCUCCCAUCUGAGCAGUGGUUAUUUAGCAUCCUACCAUGUACAGUAUUUCUUCCAAUGUUUCUUUUCAUCUUAUUCAAGUCAAGAGUAAAGCUUUUUUUUUCUUUUUUUUUUUUUUUCUUCCUUGAUUUGACUCAAUGGUACAUGAAGGCAGGGCCUCAGGAGAAGCUGGUUCCAGGGGCCAUGUUUUUGGGCUGAAGUUUUUAUUCUGAAGUUACUGCUUUUUAUGACGCACACAGCAUUCCCCGUCACACUGGCUGCAGUGUGUACUGUGAAGUUUAGACACAACUGACUCAGAUUUCCGGGCAGGAGCCCUGACGCUCCGGGAGGUCUGUCCAGGUACAUGUUUCACUGCAAAUAAUCAAGUGUUGCUAAAUCCGUGCUAAAGAAACGGGGCUUUUCCUUGUUAGCCCCAAAUAAUCAAGUGCCUUUUUAUAUGUGUGGCUGCCUUUUACAAGAUGCGUGCUCUCUGUGGCAUGAAGCCAGUUUCGUGCCUGGUGUGUUAAUAUGAUGGCCCUCUGCCUUUUUUUUUUUUUUUUUAACUACUUCUAAAGAUAAUAUCUCCUUAAGGUGGUAUUUUAUCUCGUAAGUCGUAGAGUAACCAUUCACACAGCAGCAUUUUCCUAUAUUAAUAAUGGAAAAUAUUUGCUUAUUUUUACAUUUUUUAUAAAAGUCUUUUAUGAAAAUAGUUGCUGCAAAAUGUAUAAGCAAUUUUUAUCCCCCGAAUAAAGAGUAUGUGCCCAGUG